AUGGUCACCAGUAGUGUCCGACUAGAGGCUCUCGUCCCCCUGUUGGAGUUGCUCUCACUAGCUAAAGUAGAGGAGCCUACCUCCUGGGAGCUGGCCCUUGGGUCCUUAUCGUGGCUUACCUUGUCCGUCCCGGAAUUCCUCACUUGUCUUGGUGCCCUUAAAGCAUGCCCCGAUGUUGAGCUCGCUGCUAAACACUGUGCUAGGGCGGUCCAUGCCCUCGAAUCCGGCUUGGUCUACGAGCUGCUCUCGUUGGCUGAUCGAGACACUCUCCUCUUCACACUGGCUAUCCUCAAGCACCGAUUCGAAUCACACGUACUCUGCCCUCACCCAUUACAAGUGGAGGUGGCAGACGGACCGGCUCGGCUGUUGGCUAGAAGGCUAGCGUCGGACAUGAACCUCGAUCAGGCAGCGUUCCCCCGAAUGUGUCGGGUCUCGAUGGCCCUUGUGCAGCUCGGGCGUCUGCCGGACUGGACUGUGAAAGCCAUUGAGAGGCGCUUGGCCUCGCCGAGACUAUUAUUACUCCCUUCAGCCGGGGUCCAGGCGACGGAUCUGCUCAGUCUACUGUGGGCUUUACAUCGAUGGCCCAACUCGUGGCGUCGAAGACCAGAAUGGGGUGCUCCUGAUGGGCUCGGUACACAGCUCCACAUGGCUCUACGAGCCCACCUAACGUCUGGUACGAUGACAGCUCGGAUGCUGCUGACAGCCGUUGAAUGUCUGGCACCAAUUGCUACGAGGAAAACCAAACCAGUGCUCCUUGAUGCAAUGCGGGAGGCGGCGAGACUAGCGCUCGAGAACAGAGAAGCUCUCACGCUCAACGAGAUCUGUAUGGCUGCAUCGACCUACACUGUGAGACUCCGGUUUUCUUCGAUCGAACCUCAGACUACGGUGGCCUUCCUGCAGCUCCUCCACCAACGAGGACUGGACAGACUAACGACGCCCCAGUUGGCAGACCUAUGUGAAGUUCAUUCUCACUCCCGUAUAGUGACAGGUCUUCCGGAGACUUUGGACGCUCUUACUGCGAGGCUUGCAAAUACGGGCGGACUGAUCGCGCCUUCGGUAGCUGCUAGAGUUCUGGUAUCAGGAGCGAUGAUGCAAGCAGUGGCCCCAGAGGGCUUGAUCCUUGCCCUGGCUAAGGCAGUGAAUGCUGCCGAGAAUUUGCAUCCCCGAGUGGCAGCACGAAGCAUCUGGGGUAUCAUCGCAUGGCAGGCUGGACGGCAUGAGGAGCCCGGGUUGACGGGUGAGUUGGAGAAGCUCGUCAUGGCCGUGGCCAGCAGGGAGGCGAUGGAGACUGUACUUGAGCACAGAGCUGUGUCUGGGAUGCUGUGGCGGGCUCUGAGUGUCCCGCAAGCUGAUGCAAGUAUCAGGGGAGUUAUGGAGGGGUACAAGGCCCAUCUGUUGGCUUUAGACCAGCAAGACGACUACAAUAUGCUCCCAUCUGGUCCUAUCCCGGAUCUUGAUGGCCUCUUGGAGCAGGCUGGUCUCGGGCGGAGCGCUUCUCUCGUGGAAGACAAGGAAAUUGGCAGGGAUCCAAGCCUCGUGGCUGGCCCGGAUGGAGCGGGGUCGAUUGCGCCUUCCGAUGAAUUCAAACUGAACCUGGCCCUUGUUGAGCGACCGUCCGUGGGGACGGAGGAGAUAGAGCAGCCUGUGGGCAUCGAUGAUCAGAACGAACACCUCUCGGAAGCGAACUAUGACAUUCGUCAGAUUUUGGGAGAGCACACAUGGAGGCAGCUGGUCGUCGAGAGUGCUGAACGUGAGCGGCUGACUUCGGAGGCUGAGGGGAGCUCAGGAGUCGCUAAUGGAUCGGCACCCGAAGACGAAGAUGAGGACCUCGACUCUCCUAAGGAUGCGUCCUACCUAGCGGGGCUAAGAGCAGCUGCUCUGAAACGAACCCCUCGUACAACCUUCCCAAAAUUACAAGGCUUGCUGGCUGACAUCCUCAGUGCUCUAAAUGUGUGUCACCGAUUCCCUCGAGUGGGGAUCGAGCUAGAACAUGAGUUGCAUAAGGACAGCGGAGGGUUUGAGUAUUUGCCGAGACUCCAUGAGCAAUUCGACUUAGAUUGGCUACAUAGGGGUGCCAAAAUUGGGAUUAUUGUCCUAGGCCCGAAGAGCUAUGCACUCGACGAUCAGCGGCAUCUACUCUGCGACGCCAGAAUGUCUAAAAUGCAGUACGAGGCUUCAGGAUUGGACGUGUUGAUUGUGCACUCUGACCACUUGCAUGCGGCACACGAGGCAGGGGAAGACGAAUUGAAGAAGAGAGUUCGGCGUGCCAACCGCCUGCCCCCACUCGGCAACGAUUGUGAGAUGUUGAAAAGGUGCAUCGAUGUUGUCCUUGGUGUUGAUGAAGGACGAGAUGAGGUUUCAGUGUACUCGCAUGAACUGUAG